GCGUCUGGUUACAGUACCUCUUCCAAGUCGUUUGUGUUCUCUCUCCUGGAUAAAGAAGGGCUUGCACCAUUUGAGAGCAUGGUGACGAAUACAUCAUUUUCGGUUUACCGUGGUUCAAGUUGUGGUCCAACAUUUGGUGGGGGGCAUGACAUAUACAUUGCUGAUAAUGCCAAUCAGAAUGCUAAUUCCUACACUAAUUUUGGUACCUCUUACUCUCUUCCGAAUGGAGUUACCAACAGUUCUACAAUCCUGGCUGGAACCCGUUACUUUUCACCUGACGAGGUUGAGGUAUUUUAUCUCGCUUGA